CAGCCGAGCUGAGGGUGGCUGAGGGUGGAGUGUGCUGGGGCUGCCCGGGUUGGCAGUGGCAUUGCCCAUCAACGAGGCAAUGGCGGAGAGGCAUCCUGGAUGGAGCCGGGGACCUCGGCUGGGAGUCCACCAGACACGUGCGGGAGGACAGGACUAACAGGAGUUAAAGUUCCUCGUAAUUUUCGCUUGUUGGAAGAACUUGAAGAAGGACAAAAAGGAGUAGGUGAUGGUACGGUUAGCUGGGGCCUUGAAGAUGAUGAAGACAUGACACUUACAAGGUGGACAGGCAUGAUUAUUGGGCCACCAAGGACAAACUAUGAGAACAGAAUAUACAGCCUGAAAGUAGAAUGCGGAUCUAAAUACCCAGAAGCACCUCCAUCCGUUAGAUUUGUAACAAAGAUUAAUAUGAAUGGGAUCAAUAAUUCCAGUGGAAUGGUGGAUGCACGGAGCAUACCAGUAUUAGCAAAAUGGCAAAAUUCCUAUAGCAUUAAAGUUGUACUUCAAGAGCUAAGACGUCUUAUGAUGUCCAAAGAAAAUAUGAAGCUUCCACAGCCACCAGAAGGACAGACAUACAACAACUAAUUUUAGUGGAUCUCAAACUUGUCUUAAAUCAACAACCUUCUACUCAUGUUAAUGUCUUGAUUAAAUAUCACCAUGCAAAAUACCCACACAUUAAGUAAAAGAAUUGCAGCUGGUAAACAUGACCUGGACAGUUGUAAGAAUAUAUUUAAUAUAUGUACACCUAUUAUGUUUUCAGGUAACAAGAGAAGUGCAGCACAAUUUUACUUUCUCUUCUUAAAAGCACUGUCAUUUAAACAUGAAUCUGAAGCAUUCAAAAUGGAAUUCAGGUUAUCAAGACAGAAGCAUGGCAAAAGAGUGUCAGAUGGCCACGGGAACCUUUGUUUUUCUGAAAGUAAAGUCUCAAGAAGGAAGAACAGAACUGGCAGGCUUUAUCCACCAUAUUUAGAGCUGCAGAUGGAAUUGUUUAAAGUAGCAGACAUAAUGACUAGUCACCAAUUGUGUUAAUCCUUGAAGCGGUGUGGGUGCUGACUACUGUUAGUGUCAAACAUAGGUGCAGGAUGGUUUUGAUACCUGUAUUUAUAAUAAAAAGAUGUUUGGGGUUUUGAAUUUCUGUUAAAAGCUGUUCUCGUUUGUUACAUGUAACAGACAUGAUAAGUUGUUUACAGUCUUUGUUUAAUAAAACAUGCUUAGAAGUUUUAAGUGAAGACAACAAAAAGGAAAUAGGUGUUGGAUAUGUGAUUUUGAGAUGAAAGUUAGUCUUAAAAUGUAAAUAAAAUAUGGAAUGUGUCUUCAAA